AUCGUAAUAAUUAUUUGAUAUUUUUAGCUUGUUCAAUGAAAAAAUUUUAAAAACUCAGUUUAAUGAAAAAUAAAUAUUACUUUUCCUUCCUUUGUCAUACCAUCAUAUUAUUUGUCUGAUUGAACCGGAAUUAUGUUCAGUUAUAAAUAGAGUGCAUGUUUAGCUUUAAAUAAUCAGAAAUAAACAUCAUAUAAUCCAGAUUAAAAUCAUUUAAACAUAAGAAGUUUGUUUGAGAUGGCGUUUAUAAAUGUCACACAGAUGAUUGAGAAAGAGAGACAAACAGUCGUUCCAAAAAACUUUUGGAGAUGUGAACGUGAAAAACAAAUUAAGGACAAGUGCGAUGAGUCUCCUGUUUUUAACAAUUGUUUAACUGAAUCUGCAUCAAGUAUCUCGUACGGUGACCAAGUGAGUGAUAAGCGCAACGAGAAUACUGACAAAGACAAAGGAAUCAAACAUGAUAAUAAAUUGAUGAAAGACCUGGAAGAAGACUCGGACAAUAUUGGACGAGGUGCAAACAUCUCUGGUGACGAUUUGGACACGGCAGAUUAUUUCGACAGUGAGGACGAGUACUGGGAUAGUCUCAUAAACAAAGACAUCAAGGAAGAGUUAUGUCCAAAUUGUCGCACCUAUCACCUACCGAAGAGCAUCAAAGACGUCCCCUUACAUAUACACAUCAAGGAAGAAUUUUGUCCAAAUUGUCGCUCCUAUCACCUACCGAAGAGCAUCAAAGACGUCCCCUUACAUAUACGCCAUAACCAGGAAGUUUAUGAUACAUCUCCAGCAUUUAUACCAGCUGUUCAAAAGUUUGCAAAAGAAAACAAUUUCGAAAUACACGACGUGUAUGGAGAUAAAAACUGUCUGUUUCGUGCAGUGGCAGACCAGUUCAUGAUUAAUGGCUGUCCUGGGCACACAGAAAUAUCGUUACGUGAUACAGCUAUCGAUCGCUUGAGAUUAAAUCCUUCAAGAUAUGGAGUAAAUGAAUUAACCUUUCUGCCAGGAGAGUCAUGGGAGGAAUAUGUCCAAAAAAUGAAUCAAACCAAAAAAUGGGGCGUUAAUACAAUUUUACAGGCGCUGGCGGACGUUUUCCUUCUGCAGAUCAGUAUUUUCAAUUUUGAUAACAGCGAUAUUACACCUUCCAAAAUUACUAUAAAAUCAACUGAGAAGGUUGUACCAAAGCUUUUCCAUAUUUUCCUUGGACUCAUUGGGGACUUUCAUACGUUUAGCUUGCGUCCUUUGCAGUGGAUGGCAGAACUGCCUUACAAAGCUCAAAUAUUUCGGAUGUUGGUGACAUGUACGGACAAAAAUAUCGACGAAAGAAGAACACUUGUAGACAGAAAGCUGGCACUUAUAUCUCAAGGACAUAUUCCUGAAUCACAAUUAGCAGAACAUGUUCAGUUUGUAUUGCAGUGUAUUUCUCUUGAAAUUAGAGGAAGACAUGGUCAGCUUUUCGAGAAAACUAAUUUUGAAUCGAUAUUCAAGUCGUACAGUGGAAGUGAUUUGGAGCUAGAAGAAUCAAUUGAAAUUCGAAAUAAACUGGUCGGCAAUCAUUUACAGUUUGACCCUUUGUCAGGAAUACCCUUACCGUACUUAAGUUUUGUCAUAAAACUUAUUUUUCAAUUCAAGUUGUUUGAAGGUGAAUAUUUUAGGCAUCCUCAGACGUCAACAGGUGAUAUUUAUUUUCACUUUCUUGGUUCUUUUAUGGACCAAAGUUCUUUCACUCUGAAAGACAUAAGUCGAACUAAAAAAAUGUCUAAAUUGCAAGUAGCGCGAAGAGCUAAAUUCCAACCCAGGGCUGUUGUUGUUAUAAGAAACAAAGAAGCGGUAUAUAACACUGACUUAAAUAGAACAUGUACGAAUCAUGAACAUGUUAUUAUUGACUCAAUCAAUUCCCACCCUGGAUACUGCAAACUUAGACUAUCGCCAUCAUUUUCAAGUAAAACCGGGGAUAAUGUUUCCCAAAUCGGUAAAACCAGAUAUCUCAAGGCUUUUAGAAUUACUGACGGAUUACGCACACAACUAAAGGCAGUACAUGUAAGAAAAGUUGAAUGUAUUGGGGUACCUUGUUACACUUUUCCAUUUUUUCGACGUUGGGAAGAAAGCAAAAUAGAUAACUUCCCUUCUAGGGAAGUUAUUACUUCAAUAGUUGAACAAGGAUGUACCUUAAUACCAAAAGCCCAUCCAAAGAGCAUCUGCCAGGAUAUUGAAUGGCAAUUCAAUUUCUCAAUGGGGGAACACUUGCUAUUUAAGAGUCUUACAGUUGCCCAAAAGCACGGAUUUUUUGUUCUUAAAGUAUUACUAGUCAGCAUGGUACACCAUGUGCCGUUUAAAACAAAGCAUUUGAAGUCAGUUUUUCUAAUGGCAUGUGAGAAACUGCCUUCAGGAUCAUGGGAAACAAACAUCAGUGGAUGUGUACUUUAUGUGCUGGGCUUAUUACUUUCUUGUUUAAAGGCUAAAUUUCUGCCAAACUAUUUUAUACCAGAAAACAAUCUUAUUGACUGUCACAGAGAUGAAGACAUUCACACACUCUGUGUUGUUGUCGAAUACAUUCGUCUAUUCCCUGCUAGUGUCAUUCAAAUUGUUGCAGAGAAACAUGGAUACACAUUUGGACCAAAUCUGAUCAAAAAUGUUCUGUCAAAGAUACAAUAUUUUACCGAAAGACAUAUGCACAGAGCAUUUGAUGAAAUAUUUGGACCUUUUUCAAUUGCUACAGCAAAGAUAAUGGCCAAAAUAGGUCUUUACGAUAUUUCGUUUGAUAUUCUACAGGAACUGUUUGAGCAAAGUCUGUUGAUUCCACAGACAGGGUUGAGACAAACAUCUUUAAGCUUCUUCGAUCUUUUUGUAUCGGCCCUAAUGGAAAUGAAACAAAAAACAUCCCGAGUCAUUUUAGCACGAACAUUCGAUAUGAUGAUGGGAUCAAAUGUAUCAGAAAUGGUUUUAGAAAAAGAAAGAAGGGGGUCGCUUCAAACUUAUUUGCCAUGGAUAGCCGACAAUAGAAUAGGUUGGAUCGAAGUCUCAAAUGAAAGUAGUGGCGACCUUACAAAAAUAGCAAGUUUCCUGUAUGAUUUUAGUAAAAGGGAAUAUUGGAGGCAAAAUGCAUUGCUUGCCGAGCUUUCUAUUACAACAGCAAUCCAGUGUAUCCAAGAAGCAUUGAAACAAGAUGAUAUUGAAGGGGACAACGUUAAAAAUAUCGGUUCCAAAACAGAUGUUAAUGUCCGGAAACGAAUGUUAAAAAGAAAACUUAUUUCCUUCUAUAUGCAUGUGUAUAGAAUUUCUGCGUUAACUAAUUUUGUGUAUCCAUUAAUUGAUCACAUGGACGAAAUUGAAGAACUCUGCCUUGAAUUUCCGGAAAUGACGGGGACGGUCUGUUCUAUGUUCUCGUUUACGGGACAACAGUCAAAAUACCAGGAGUAUGUUCAAAAGUAUUAUCAUAUGUAUGGACGCGAAUUGAGGAUUAUCUCUCCUGAGAGCUUUGACACAAAGGAAUGAAACCAGAUGACAUAUGAUGCAGUGUUUAGAUUGAAGUAUAUAUAUAU